GGUUCUGUCUCGAGAUGUCCCGUGGGCUUGCGUGGUGGGGGGAGGGAGUGGAAGAAAUGAGGCGGAACCCGCGGGCUUGACCUUCAGUAGGCUUCGGUCCAAGCUUUCCUUUCUCCUUCCCCUCCCCUGGUCUGGCGCUCCAUACCCUUCCCUCCCCCCUCUCACGCAGAUCAGGUGACUCUCGUUGGUCGCCGUCCCUGCCACGUGACGGACUCCUGCUGGGCGCCCCUUUCGAGCCUCGGGGGCGUCAUGGCGGCCGUCAAGGAGGGCUCUAGUGUGGCCCGCCUGGUGGGAGGACGAGGGGAUCGGGCCCUGGUUCGCCUCCUGCCGCUCCGCGAAGCGGCCGGCGGAGACGACUUUGAUGGAAGGAAAAAUGCUUACAUUAAAACUGGAAAAGAAGUCAACAAAAGUGCUGCUUGUAAAUAUUUAUAUACAUCUCCUAAGAAAAUCUGGAAAUUCAAUGUAUUUUUAGUUCAGGCUGCUACUUCUCUUGAGAAAUUAAAAGUCCUUUGUAAAGAAGAUGAAGAAAAUAUGAAUCCAUCAGUUCUUAUAAAGCUUUACACACAGGCUAUAUUGGACAUGACAUAUUUUGAAGAGAAUAAACUGGUAGAUGAAGAUUUUCCAGAAGACACUUCUUUACAGAAAGUAAAGGAGUUAAUCACUGUUCUUUCAGAACCAGAAGUUGUAGUUAAAGAAAGUAAUCUGCAUCCAAAACACUCUGAUAUCCUUGGAACAGAACUACUAGAAUGCCUUUAUUGGAGAAGAGGAGCCCUACUCUAUAUGUAUUGCCAUACUGUGACAGCAAGGGAAGAGUGGCAGUCGGCAAAAAGAGACGUGCUUAAAAAGUGUCUCAUUGAUGGAAUCAGUUACUUGCUAAAGAUGUUAAAUUUUCGAUGCCCUCUUCAACUAAAUGAAGAUGUUUCUUUUCAAGACAUAGACACAGCUAAGUUACUUAGUGCAGGUGUGUUCAGUGACACUCAUUUGCUGGCUAUGAUGUACAGUGGAGAAAUGUGUUAUUGGGGACUGAAAUAUUGUGUAAAUGAAGAGCCAGAAAAUUGUGACAUAGACACUAAUGGACCUGGGACAAGCAGAAUUUCACUCAAAGAAUCCUUGGAUUUUCGAGAAAUAGGAGAAAAGAUUUUAAGAAAGUAUAUAUCUAUUUGUGAAGGACCACUGAAAGGACAAUCAUGGAAUACAACAAAUGCAAAGAAAAUACUAGACUUCUUCCAACAUUGCCAUCAUUAGUACAUUCUUACCUUUGUUAAUUUUUUUUCACCACAAAAAGAUACAUUUUUCAAGUACUCUGGAAAAUAAAAAAAACUUGCUGAUUCUGUACUAAUAUAUUUUAACUCACAUUA